UUGAUUUCGAGGGGGACGGACUAACAUUGAGGUGCGCCAAAAUUUUGGCAUUUACCUUGGCAUUCCAGUGUGUGUUUUCUGUCUGUUUGUACGUGUUUUUCUGUCUGUUUUUUCUGUCCGUGUUAGACACGGUUAGUCAAAGCACGGACGGCCUUAAGGCACGAAUCAAAAUUGAGAGAAAAAUAUAAAAAAAUUAUUUUUAGAGAUGCUUUUCGCAAUAGAUCCAAGUUUGAACACUCUUGGAGGUUCACCCGAAGGCGAUGGAAAGGUUAAAAUGGAAGAGCUUGACACAGAGAUUUUUGAGGCAUCAUCUCCCUCAAUUAUUCUAGCCAAUGAGCAACCUAUGACACCAGUGCCCAAGGAUGUUCAAGUAAAAAAUGAAUCGAAUUAA